UUAUAGAAUAACCGAAGCCAAAUUCUGAAGUGUGAACUUGUGGUUGGUCGACCGGCGAUCUGGCAAUGGGCGGAGACGGGAAUCUCCUGCGAGUUCUGUGCUCUAGGAGGACCCUGCUCUCCCCGAGGGAGAAUGGUCUUCGGUGGCUGAUCGGAGCUCCACUCUUCCUCCCAUCUUUCAACGUUGUUUCCUCCUUCCGAUGUAUCCACUACCUACAUGGCGAUCCUUGCUCCCCGGAUUUUACCCACGAAGCAGAUGAUAUCAGGACAUUACUUAUAAGAGGGUUUGAUAUAGUUGGAGCACUAUUGAUUAACGAUGGAGACUUGGAGUUUAAUGCUAGAAAGGCAGCAGAAGCUUCCUGUAUGAUUAGGAACUAUCUUUCAGUAAAUGCUGAACAUCAGUAUGUAAUUGGAGCAGCUGCUGAUUUAAGUAGUGAUACAAUUCAGUUUUUCAAAUAUGAAAUGGAAAAUUUUAAACAUGUUGAAUCAUUAAGGACCAUCUUAUUUGAAACCAAUCCUGAGAAGCUUGUCUGGGAGAAAGGUUGCCUUAUUAGAUGCGAGUUGGCUCUAAAGGUUCCCAUUUAUGCUCCUGAAAAAAUAACAUCAGAUAUGGAAGACUUGUGUUCUUCUUUGACUGAUCUUACUAUUGCUGAACUUAAAGACCCCAGUGCUGCAUUCCUGGUAGAAAGGCCUACUGUAAAUUCUGAUGAAACAUCUGCUUCCAUUGUUUUGCAUGGUUCGGAUCUUGAUUUUGGUAGAUCUAUUUCUGAAAAUUUGUCAUCAACGAACAAUCAGAAGGAACCAGAUAUAAAGGAUUUAGCUUGUUUUCAGUUUUGCUCGAAAAACCAGUCCUUUUCAUUUCCUUCAGCACAAGAGAAUGCAGAUGUUAUCCGGGUUACUAUGCUGUCUAAUCGAUCCAGGAAUAUUAUUAAAGCUGGUGCGCCCGUAGCAAAGUACUUCCCAGUAGCCGAACCUGCAAGUUGUGCAUAUGCUAAUUUCAUGCUAGAUGUGCUUUGUUAUUCUUCAAAACAAUGUUCGGUUGCUUCUGCUAUCUCCAAAUUGGUUGUGCCUGGUUUGAUUGACCAGUUAAUAACAAUGAAGGAUGCAAUCUCACCACAUCUUUUAACACAGCAUCCUCAGCUAAAGACCUAUCACUUUCUGCCCCCAGGCAUUUUACAUCCUAUAACUGCUAUAUAUGAUCUCAGAUACGGAGAAAAUGAAGUGGGGCAGCGUGAACUUAGGAGGUCUUUGCAUUCACGACUUGGAUUAUCUUUGGAUCGCCCUCUCUUGCGGAUUGCUAAUGCGUUAUCGUUUGACACAGAAGCCGACAACUUAAUGAGAAUUGGUUAUCCAUAUCUUAAAAAUGUACAUACCCAGAUUCCAGUUAGUGGUGUUUUUGAAGGCAUUGUUUCCUUGGUUGAUGGGUCUUACCAAUACUAUCAUUACCUGCUCGAUGGUAUGGAUGACAAUGGAUGGGGAUGUGCAUAUCGUUCUCUACAAACUAUCAUAUCUUGGUUUAGGCUUCAACAUUACACAUCAAUUGGCGUUCCUUCCCACAGGGAAAUUCAGCAGGCUCUUGUUGAUAUUGGCGAUAAGGAGCCCUCUUUUGUAGGAUCACGUGAAUGGAUUGGAGCAAUUGAGUUGGGAUUUGUCCUGGAUAAACUUCUUGGGGUUAGCUGCAAGAUUAUGAAUUUGCGGUCUGGGGCGGAGCUUCCGGAGAAAUGUCGAGAGCUUGCCAUGCAUUUUGAGUCACAAGGAACUCCUGUGAUGAUAGGUGGAGGUGUUCUUGCUUAUACGUUGUUGGGAGUUGACUACAAUGAAGCUAAUGGGGAUUGCGCCUUUCUUAUCUUAGACCCACACUACACAGGAAAUGACGAUAUAAAGAAAAUUGUAAAUGGUGGUUGGUGUGGGUGGAAGAAGGCCGUUGAUAGCAAGGGGAGGAGUUUCUUCUUGAAGGAUAAGUUCUACAAUCUUCUGCUACCCCAACGGCCUUACAUGGUUUGAAGCAUUCAAAAUUACACCAUGCUGAUAACACUGAUGAAGAUGAUAUGCUGAUUCCAGUAAUAUAAAUGGUUGAAUUUAAACUUUCAUCUGUUCAGGUGAGGCAAGGCUGGGGCAUGCUAUGUAUGUUGUAAUGGAUGCAAAGACCAUAUUCAUUAUGGUGCAAAUGCAAAUCAAUACGAGAUUGUGGGUGCAUUUGGAGAUAAUUGAUAGAAUAAAAUAUUUUGUUGUGAAUGAUUAUAAAAAUAUGAUGAGCCUUCUUAUUUAUGAAUGGGGAAAUAAUGUAAUUAUGAUAUUAUGGUGAA